AUGAAUCGGUCAGCCGACCAGCAUGUGGCAGCGAAGUAUCCCGACAAGCGCCGAGUGAGGACGUCGCCACACCCCAGCCAAGGCAGAGAAAUAAAGACCCACAUGCGAAGGCGUCUUCGCGGGCGAGGGCGAGAGGGAGGUGACGACACCGGCCAAGUCGCUGAUGGGGAAUGUGGUGGCGAGCCGCGGGUGGGUACUGACAGCGUGUCAAGUGGCUCAGCAGAGGCGGUGCGGCGCUGCCUGGAGCGGUUGUGCCAGCCCGUCGCUCUUUUCGCGGGCUGCAACGCAGCUGCGCCGAUGACACCAGCCGCCGGCUCCUCCCCGAACUUCACGACGAUGCCGUCGACACGAGCGCUUUUUGUGAAACCGCAGAGCGAGAGCGACUUGUACGCCUUGGACGACGUCACCGCUGUGCAGCUGCUGCAGGAGGCGGUGUGUGAGCGGGUCGUGUACAGUCGCUACGGCGUACUCGGUGUGCGCAUCAUGAGGCUGCUGCUGCAGCACCACUUCCUGGAGGAGCGGACGCUAGCGGAGCAGUCGGUCGCAACGUACGUCAAGGCUCGAGAGGUGUUGCACCGGAUGUUCAAGGACGGCUUUCUGCUUCAGCAGGAAGUGCCGCGCACCUCGGCACUCGUCGAGCGGUCCGCCAAGGCGAGUGUGUACCUCUGGGGGCUGAGCUGGAGUGCGACGCUGCUGCCUGCGGUGCGUGAGCGGUUGGCGAAAACGCUGACAAUUGCAUGGGUGAAGCUGCGCGAGGCGCAGCAGCAGGCGUCCGCCGUUGCAAAGCCUGCUGCCUGUGUCCGCUCCUCACCUGCAGCUAGCGGUGGCAUCAAGAGCAGUGCUGCUCACGCCGAGGAGGUCGAGGCGCAGUGGAAGAGCGGCAUGUCUCGCAGCAUACAGCAGGCGCUGCAGACCCAACGCACUAUCACGGGGCUACAGAGCUGCGUGAUGUCGCUCAUGCGGCUGCUGUUGAUUGUUGAUUUUUUCUAA